UUUCAGGCAUGCUUCUAGUACCAACUCGCCCCUCCUCCUGAGAAAACGCAUUUUAUUCCAAGCAGCCUAAUGAUAAUUAUUUUUAUUCUCUGAGGAUCCAUAGAAAAAGUUGGAGAAAUAUUUCUUAAUUAGUUUCAGAGUUUCCUUUGGGGGACUUAAAGCAGAUAAAGUAUAAAUAAGGAUGGAUUAAAGAACAUGUUUAACGAGAACAAUCUUACCGCCUGAAGAUAAUAAGUUACCCUGCCAACUGCUUAGUCUAUUUUUUCAAUCAUGUGAUCAAAGUAAAUAAUUUUUUUCUGCCAAUAAAGACGGGACAACCAAGUUAAUUAGAAGGAAAUUCUUUAUCCAUAAAACUAGUAGCUUGUCUCAUUCUAUUAAUCCUACUAGCAGAUGUCUUAGGAGCGGUAAUAAAAAAAACUUUUAUCGUUGUUCACUAAUUGACCAGAAGCACUUUCAUAAUCCUUGAUGUAUUUCAUAACAUGUCUUAUCGAUCUAUUAUUUCCACUUGUUAAAAAUCAAGAUAUCAUCAGCGUAAGCCAAGUGAUUGAUAAAAGGUCUUUUAUUGUUCAUAGAGAAAAGGGUGAAUUUGGGGUUAUUUUCAAGGUUGUUGAGCAUUCUAGAUAGAAUCUCGACUCCUAGAAUAAGCAAGGAAGGUGAAAGAGGAUCUUCUUAUUUCAAACCUUGUGAGGCGGUAAAGAAACCAUGUCUAGAUCCAUUAAUAACAAUAGAAUACCAAACAUUUUUUAAAAGCUUCUCAAUCCAUCCAUCCCAAGUCUGACAGAAACCAAAUUUUGUUAAAACAAAAGUUAAGAAAGGUCACGACAUUCUAUCAUAAGCUUUAGCCAUGUCAAGCUUAAGAAUCAUGUUUUCACAGUGUUAUGAUUCUUAAUAUCUUGAAUGAUCUCCUGAGUCAAUAAAACAUUUUCAGUUAUGAGCCUACCUUUAAUAAAACCACUUUGAUUCCCAAAGACCAAAGUAUUCAAGAAAAGGUUAAGUCUAGUAGCAAUAAUUUUGGAGAUGAUCUUGUUGGAGAAAUUAGAGAGACUAAUAGGUCUCAUAUCAUAAAAUGUCUUAGGGGAAAAGGUCUUGGGAAUGAGGAUUAGACAUGUAUGAGUGAAAAAAAUUGUCAGAUUACUACCAUUGAAGAAGUAUGGCAUAAAAUCAACAAUAUCUUCCUUGAGAAUAUUCCAACAGUGGUGACACAACUUACCAUUGUUACCAUCUGGCCCAACAACACUGUCAGGAGAUAUACUAAAAACAGCUUCUUUAAUUUCAUUUUUAUUAGGAAUGGAAGUAAGAAAUAGACUAUCAGAAUCAGAGAUACAACUAGAAUGUGUUUAAGGACCAUACCUUUGUUGUUAGACCUUUGUAAGUUGAAGAUUUAUUUGAAAUGUCUUAUUGCAGCUUUGGCCACUUUGUCAUUACCCUGCACCCACUUACCUUUAUGGUUAUGGAUCUUUUGAAUGUGUAUUCUCCUCCUUUUAUUUUUCACAAUGGCAUGGAAGUAUUUGGUAUUUUUGUCACCUUUCUCAAACCACUUUAUUUGAGACUUUUUCUUUAGCAAAUUAUCUUGUAUGCUCAGCCGUCUGGUGUACUCACUGUGAGCCUUGUUGAAAUCCUCUCUACCUAGCUCUGAGUUGUACACUAGAUCCAAAUCCUCAAGUUCUUGAACUUUAGUUUUCCAUUGAUUGACUUGAUCAUAAAUAUUUACAAGAGAUUCAAUUAGACCAUUGCUAAGCUUUUUACUCAAGAGCUUAACUUUAAACUGAAGUCUCCACAUAAGAUUACCCUAAAUUGGCGUGUGCCAAAUGGUUUGCACAGUUUCCAAGAAAUCAGGUUGAUUAACCCAUAGGUUAAGGAACCUAAAAUAUUUGAUAUGAUUUUGUUGAUCAUUAGAGUUUUUCAUAAGCAAGGGUUUGUGGUCAGAACCACUUCUAGCUAGAUUUUUAAUGUAUUUAUUUUGAAAUAUAGAGUCCCACUCAUUGUUAACAAGUACCCUAUCAAGCCUUUUCCAGAUUCUUUUACAGGCCCUCUAUUGUUGCACCAAGUGUAUUUUGAGCCACAGAAAUCAAUGUCAAUCAUCCCAUAAUUAUUCAUGCAGCUGAUAAAAUCUAGACUCUUGUAAGUUCUAUGGAGAUUGCUUCCCUUUUUUUCAUCUGAAUUCAUGAUUACAGUGAAGUCUCCUUCAAUGCAUCAAGGACCUUUAAUGUUCAAAGCCAAAGUUCCAAUACUAUUUCAGAGCUCCUUUCUCUCCGUGGUAGUGUACUUUACAUAAAUUGUCGUGACAUUGAGGUCUUUAUCAAUGUUGUUGAUGUUAAAUUUCAAGGUAAUUUAUUGAUCAUCAUCAAUGAUAGUAUCAUCAUGAUCUAUGAAGGAUCAAAAAAGGCAAAUUUUUCCAUUAUUGUUAGCCAAGCAUUUUUCAAAACCUAUAAAUUUUUUGUAACCUUCAAUUUUAUUUCUAUCCACAAGAGGCUCCAUUAUAGCUUCAAAAACAGGACUGUUAAUGUUGACUAGAAGUCUCAAUCUAUGGAUGGGCUUUUUAGAUCUUGCUCCUCUAAUAUUCAAAAAUAUGGACUUGAUCAUUGGAAGGUUUAGGGAGGAAGCUAGUUUGAGUUCCUUCUUUUUGAGGGAGGUACUGAUUUGUUCUGCUGUUUUUUAACAAUUCUUAAUUCUACUUAUGUUUCUUCCCACAGUAGAUAAGUCAUUUUUGUCACUGACUUCCUUUAGAUAUGCCUGGGCAGGGUCAUCUUCUUGGUUGGUAUUCUCUAUAGAAGUUUCCAUAUCACCAUGUUGCAUUUCAUUUGUAUCCUUCUUAUAUAAUAGUUUGUGAUUAUUCACUUGAGUGUUGUCAUUGCAUUCAUUUAAGUCCACAUACAAAGAAAGUCUCUUUUGAUUCUUAAUCUCAGUAGGGAUACUUUUUAAGACUUCUUCUUCAGAUAAAACAUCCUUAUUCACUUCACCAUGUUGAUUUUCCUUAUCAGUACCUUUUCGGCUUUGAUUGUGCUACCCUUUUUCACAACUUGAUUCCAAAAGUUUAUUGUCUUGAUUGUUAGAAUAGUUUUUGUUCUUUUUGUCAUCCUGUUGAGUUUCUUGUAUAUCCAGAUUCUUAUUAUCCUUACUGCUAAGGGGCUUUUCACCUGUGUUGUUGAUACUAGAUUCUUCCUUGAGAGAAUUGUUACUUGCCAUAUUUUUUUUUGGUAUUCUUCAUGCUAUUUUCCCGUGAAUGAACAUGUUUAAAUUUGUCUGUCCUUUUAUUUUUGGGCAUCUUUUUCUUUUUAUUUUUCCCAAGUCUACUGGUCAUUCUUUUUUUUUUAUCCUUCUCAUGGGUAGCAUCUGCCUCCUGUUGAUUUGCAGGACUUUGUAAUUCAUAGUUGCUAUCUCCAGUAACAUUAUUUUCCCCAUGUUCCUCACUAUCUCCAUUGCCUUUGUUUGCCUUUUUUCCCUUAUUGUUAUCUUCUGUUUUAUUUUUCGUAGGCUCAACUUUGUGUUUAAUAUCCACCUCUUUGUUCUUGACCUUGCUACACUGAAGUAUAUUGUGCCCUAGAAGUUUGCAGUGCCUACAAAAUUUGGAAACAUUUUCAUACUUAAACUUUUGAGUAUAACCUUUAAGAGGGUUGUUUUCAUCUUUCAGUUUGACCCAAGCCGAGUUUAAUUUUGGUCUAGUUAGGUCAACUUCAACCUUUACCUUAGCCAUGCUUGAUCUCGUUUUGUGAUCAGUUGCUACGUCCAUAGAUAGAGGUGUUCCCACAGGCCCAACAAUUUAUUUUAUGUAGUUUCAUGUGUGGAAAUGAAAUGGGAGUACAGGUAGUAGUACCCAAAUGGGAACUAUCAGUGAAUCCUCUUCCGGUUUAAAGUCCAGCGCCUACUUCUCAAGCCACAUCAGUUCUCCCUUAAUUUUAAUAGAUCUCCGAAACCAGACACUUCUAAAGUCAUCUUUAUAGUAAAAUCAAGGAAAACAGUUCAGAAAUCAUAAACCCCAAUCUUAACAUUACCUUUUGUGGAGAUUUUUUCUGCAAACUUUGAGCGUAUCUUGUCUAUUUGAGGUUGAGUCGUUAGGAAUUUUCCAACUAAUGUGAAUUUACAUUCAUCCGCCAUAACUCCUUAGUAAUCGAAAGCUAUAAAGAUAACGGUCGGUAUUCCAUUAUGAGCAGAGUAGCGAGCUUUCACCGCUGGAUCCCCAUAUCUAUUAAUUUUUUGGCUUAAGGUUGCAGGGGUUUGAAUAGCUUCUGGGUAGUUUGAUUUUUGGAUAUUCACCUCCUCUUCUCCUUGAUUAAUGAUACCCACCACACUUUGAUCAGGGAGAUGCGCCGACGAAGAGACCAUCGGAGUCCCCAUCUCUGGGUGUGUGGUCCCCCAUCGCUCAUAAAGGGUGAAAAAAGGACCGUUGUAGCAAUGUAACGUAUGUGUAAGGAGAGGUUUUUUUACUAAUGGAGUAAGUACACCAUUUCUCUCUUACUCUUUCAAAUUGAGGACAUGGCCCAGGGUGUGGAAGAGAUUGGAUAGGGGUAUGGUGAAUGACAAAUUGUUGGAAACCAUGCCACAAACCACUAUCUCACACUUGCCAUCUGUGGAUCUGACCAUAAUCCUUUACUUUAGGAACUUAUUGUGAAAUGGAAAGACAAUGUAAGAUACUUCAAAUUUUUGCAUUGUUCGAUUCAAAAUGAUAGUUUUAUGGAAACUUUGAAUAGCAGAGAGACAUUUGGCAAUCCCAUGUGGUGUCUACAUCAGAAAAUGAAAAGAUUGGCUUCUACUCUUAGCACUUGGUCCAAAAAUAAAUAUGGGAAUAUAUUUGCUAUGUGAAGAAUUUUGAAGAAAGGGUCAAACAUGCUGAAGAAGAAGUUAUCAAUAUCAACUCUAACGAUAAUAGAGCUAAAUUAUAUCAGAUUAAUGUUGAAUAUAUUAGAUAUAUGAAGUUGGAAGAAUCUAUACUCAAGCAAAAAAGUCAACUCCAUUGGUUUCAAGAGGGAGAUGCUAACUCCAAGUACUUCCAUACACUGAUGAAAGGCAGAAGAAGAAAAUUAUUCAUCCAUCAAAUUUGUAAAAAAAUGAUGUCUGGGUCCAAGGGAAUGAAAAUAUUGCCAAAGCAGCCUGUGAACACUUUCAACAUAUUUUUAUUAGUCAUGAGAAUAAGAUCAAUGAAGAAGUUUUGCUAAAAAUUUACAAAAGAGUUACUCCUGAACAAAAUCAGAUUCUCUAAGUUAUGCCUAACACUGAAGAACUGAAACAAGUUGUGUUCUCAAUGAUUCCCAGCUCUGUAGCAAGCCCUGAUAGCAUGAGUGGAAUUUUUUUUCAUGUUUGCUGGGAUAUCAUCAAGAUGGAUCUACUAGCUGUUGUACAGUCCUUCUUUUGUGGUCAUAUAAUGCCUAAGUUUAUGACUCAUGCAUGCCUAGUUCUUCUUCCUAAGGUUGAACAUCCCAAUUAGCUCAAAGAAUUUAGACCUAUCAGUCUAAGUAAUUUCAUAAACAAGAUCACCUCCAAAGUUCUUUAUCUCGAAUUAGCCCCUAUUUUACCUGAUCUUAUAUCUUUCAAUCAGUCUGAAUUUGUUAGAGGAAGAAGUAUUUCUAAAAAUAUAAUGCUUGCACAGGAAAUUAUUCAUGGUAUCAGAAAGCCUAAGGAUGGGAACAAUGUUGUCAUUAAGUUAGAUAUAGCCAAGGGCCUAUGAUAGGGAGUCUUGAUCCUUCAAUUGCAUAGUUCCGUGGAAAAUGGGGUUUGGUGAGAUGUUUAUUAACAUGAUGUGGAGAAUAAUGAACAAUAACUGGUACUCCAUCAUUAUCAAUGGAAUAAGGCAUGGAUUCUUUUAUUCUACCAGAGGGCCCAAACAAAAGGAUCCUCUAUCCCCUGCAUUGUUUAUAUUGGGUGUUGAGGUCCUUUCUAGAAAUAUGAAUCUUCUUUAUCAGGAUCACAAGUACCAAGGGUUCCAUAUGGAGACUAGAGGUCCUCAGAUUAAUCAUCUCAGCUUUGCUGAUAAUAUAAUUAUUUUCACUUUCAGUAGCAGAAAUUCAUUAUAGUUGAUUAUGGAUACAUUAACAUCCCAUGAAGUGGUGUCUGACCAACUCAUUAACAAAGGAAAAAGUCACUUUAUGGUUACUGCUAAAACUCCUUGUGAGAUCAUCACUUUAAUUAAGGAAGUUACUGAUUUCACUCAAAAAGAGAGCUCAAUCACUUAUAUUGGAUGUCCUUUAUACAUAAAGGGACAAAGAAUCAUCUACUAUUCUGAACUGGUGGAUAAGGUGAUCAAAAGGAUCAGUGGUUGGCAAUCAAGAAUUCUCAAUUUUGGAGGCAGAGUUACUUUGAUUAAGCAUGUUCUUCAGUCUAUCCCUAUCCAUACUCACUCUACAAUCUCGCCUCCUAGGACUACUAUUAAAUAUAUCAAGAAUGUUACAAUUGACUUCUUUUGGGGAUGGAAUAAAGGAAGAAAGAAAUAUCAUUGGGCUUCUUGGGAAACUCUCAGUUUUUCCUAUGCAGAAGGUGGUAUAGGAGUUAGGGAACUUUCUGAUAUUUGCACCUCCCUUCAAAUCAAAUAGUGGUGGCUUUUUAGGACUAAAACUUCACUUUGGAGUCAGUUUUUAAAAGCCAAGUAUUGUAGAAGAGCAAACCCUACGGCUAAAAAAUGGCAUACUGGACAAUUCCUUGUGUGAAAAUACAUGACAAAAAACAAGCAUGAUGUGGAAACUCAGAUCAGUUGGAAGGUGAAUUCAAGGACUAGUCAUUUUGGUAGGAUGAUUGGUUAGGGGUUGGUGCUCUUGCUAACUACAACAACAGUUAUAGACUCAACAACACAUAAGUGUCUUACUUCCUAGAGAAUGGUAAUUGGAAUCAGACAACAUGCCCCUCCUAAUCUGAUUCCUCAAAUUCUUCAAACUAGGAUUCAAUUUCAAGAAGGGGUCCCAGAUGAGGCAAUCUGGAAGCUCAAUGAAAAUGACAGAUUUACUUAUUCAUCAUCUUGGGAAUUUACUAGGCGAAAAGGAACCAAGACUACUAUUAACAAAUACUGCCAGCACAAACAUGUCCCCUUCAAGAUGUCCUUCCUACUAUGGAGAGCUUUAAGGUGGAAAUUACCCACAAAUGACAAGAUUACCAGCUUUGGAAGGGAGCCUGCACCAUGUUCUUGCUGCAGCAGAAUUGGUUUGGAUAACAUUUACCACAUAUUUGUAAGUGGUCACUUUGCUAAUCAUAAUUGGGAAUAUUUUUCUGUAUUUUUUGGACUUAGUCAUAGUCACAUCCCUCUGGGGAACUUAUUAAUGGGGUGGUGGACAGUUAACACCAAAAAUGAAGUUCACAAGGUUAUGAUUUAACCAUUUCUCAUUAUUAUAUGUUGGAACCUUUGGAAGAAUAGGUGCUCAGCAAAGUAUGGAGAAAAACAAUCAAGCAGUGUAAGAGUUAAAUAUUUGAUUUACAAAGACACUAUGUACUUACUUAUUAGUGCAUUUCCAUACUUGAAAUGACCAAAUAACUGGAAGGAGUUAGACCAAUAUGAUGGAAAAAUACAGUCAUGAUAUGAAAAUUAGUAUUGUCACCUGGAAAGCCCCUUCUAUUCAUAUCUACAAACUUAACACUGAUGGGAGUGCUUUGAACAACCCUGGAAGGAUAGCAGGUGGUGGAAUCCUAAGAAAUUACCAAGGGGAAAUAAUCUAUGUUUUCUCAAUUCCUUUGAAAGUGGGAACCAACAGUCAGGCAGAAGCCCAGGCAGCAAUUCACGGUCUAUAGUGGUGCAUACAACAUAGAUACAGUAAUGUGCUUUUGGAAGUUGACUCAGAGCUCCUCACCAAAUGGAUCAGCAUGAUCAUCACACCUUCAUGAAAGCUUCAACAAUACAUUAAGGACCUACAGGAUCUCAACAGUCAGUUGGAUUUCUUCUAGUGUCAACACACUUAUAAAGAAGCAAAUGGUACUACAGAUUACUUGGCAAAAUAGAGCCAUAAUUUUGAUAUACCCUAGCACUAUUAUACACACCAUCAGCUACCAGCAGCAGCAAAAGGAAGUUGCAUACCGAAGAAAAUAGGGAUAGAUACAUUCAGGAGGAAAAGAUUGAAGAGAAUUAAGCAACCACCUUGACUUUAUUUGUCAUGGUCCCUGCAUGAUAUGGACCUCCUCUAUAUCACUUUAUUUUCCUACAACCUUUUCAUAUUGACUAUUUCUUAUCCUAGGUAUAACUAUUGUGAAUAGGUUAGCAUAGAUUUAUGGGGAGAGUCUCCUUUAUUUAUGUUUCCUAAAUAUUUGUAUCGAGAGGAGUCCUCUCUUUAGGUGCAUAAUAUUUAGGUUUACUUUUUAUAGUACUAGAAUGAAUUGACUGACUUUAAUAGGUUAGUUGACUUACGAACCACCAUAAGAUUGGAGCUAAAAUUUUAUGUCCCUCUCCUUGUAUAUUUUUUUUAAUCUAUGUUAAGAUUUGGGGGUGCAUGACUUAAUCUCUGACCGCCAUGAGUGAUGAGAUUCUUGAAUUAGAUCCAUUUAAAAAAAUAAAAUUAAACAGCUAAUAAAAAAGAAAAAAGCUGCAAUUGAGAGAGACAGUGCACAUUGCACACAGAAAGAUCUCGUGACUUCAAAAGCUCGUCGCCGAUCUGAAGAAGUCACCGGCGAAUUUCCUCUCGGUGACUGCAACUUCUACUAGCUAAUCAUUUGUCAACUUCGUCGGAGAAAAUGUCGUCAACUUUCAGCGGCGAUGAAACUGCUCCCUUCUUCGGCUUCCUUGGCGCUGCAGCUGCUCUCGUUUUUUCCUGUAUGGGCGCAGCUUAUGGGACAGCAAAGAGCGGAGUGGGAGUGGCAUCGAUGGGAGUAAUGAGGCCGGAGCUUGUGAUGAAGUCAAUUGUGCCAAUAGUUAUGGCUGGAGUGCUAGGUAUAUAUGGUUUGAUUAUUGCAGUGAUCAUAAGUACUGGAAUUAACCCUAAGACCAAAUCUUAUUACCUUUUUGAUGGAUAUGCACACCUUUCUUCUGGUCUGGCUUGCGGUCUCGCUGGGCUUUCCGCUGGAAUGGCUAUUGGAAUUGUUGGUGAUGCUGGUGUUAGGUUGUAACAGGUUAAAUGCUAGAUGGACACAAGAACAUAAAAAAAUCCUCAGAUCUAUUACUGAAAGCAUCAAUAUCAGUGUGUAGAAUGAAUAACUAUGGUAUUGGACAGUUUCCUUUCUUGGUUUGGCAGAAAAUUCAAUGUCUUUGAUACAAGUAUAGGUUAUAUUCAAGUGUAUCCUAGAAGAGAACAUGUAGCCUAAAAUGGAGUCCAGAACCUAUUUGAGCCACAUAGAGACAAAAUUGACACAAGUAUGCCACAUUUUUAGAAUGUAACUAAAAUAGGCUUAGAGGAACUUCUUUUUCGUUUUAUCAAAAUUUUCAAGCAGUAGACUUUAAAUAUGUUAAUGUCUAAAUUUUGAUAUAAAACGGAAAUUUUUCUUCCACUUUAUAAAACGGAAGAAAUUCUUCCACUUUAUAAAGAGGUAGUUUUUCUUCCACUUUAUAAAGUGGAAACUACUUCGUAAGAAAAAUUUACUUUACCAAAAACUUUUCACUUUCUUCUUCACAUUUCAUACUUUACCAAAUAUUUUUGGACGUUUACAGUAAAUGUCGGAACAACAUCCUCCAUGGUCAUCGUGAGACUAAGGUCCGUGGUGGAUGAAGGCCCCAUAGUUUGAAUCUAAAUAUAAAAUUAAAAGUUAAUUUAAUAUAAGCUUAAAAGGCAUUAAUAAAUAAUAAAAACAUAAAAAUAUUUCAAAACAAAUAAAUAAAUAAAAUAAACCUAUGUCACAUCAGGAUCCCCAGUAAAUGUCGGAGCAAACAUCCUCCAUGGUCUUCGUGGGGCUAGGGUCCGCGGUGGAUGAAGGCCCCAUAGUAUGAAUCUAAAAUAAAAUUAAAAGUUAAUUUAAUAUAAACUUAAGGUAUUAAUAAAUAAUAAAAAACAUAAAAAUAUUUGGUAAAGUGUGAAAUGUGAAUAAGAAAGUGAAAAGUUCUAGUAAAGUAAAUUUUUCUUAUAAUGUGGAAGAAAAACUUUUACUUUAUAAGGUGGAAGAAUUUCUUCCGUUUUAUAAAGUGGAAGAAAAACUUUCGUUUUAUAUUAAAUUUAGAUGUUAACAGAUUAACGUCUGCCGUUUGAAAAUUUUGAUAAAAUGGAAAAAAAAGUUUCGCUAAGCCUAUUUUAGUUACAUUUUUAAAAUGUGGCUCACUUGUGUCAAUUAUAUCUCUUUGUGGCUCAAAUAGGUUCCGGACUCCCUAAAAUGCCCUUGUACCCUUGUGUCCCAAUGUUGAGAAUUUUGAAGCAUCAUUGAAUGUGUAUGCAUGUGGACAUUCGUCAAGGAAGUGCUAUGUUUUUCUUACUCUGACUGGCACUGCAGCUUUGAGCUAAACCAAUGCUGAGAACUCCCAAAUUGAUGCAUUUUAUGAUUUUCUUUUUUUUUUUGCUUUUUUGUGACUAAUUUUAUGCUUUAUUUUUUUGGUUCCAUGGGGAUCUGAUGCUCCUUGAGUUUGCAUAUGUUUUUACUCUAUGUAUUUACCUUUUGAUAUCAAUAAAUCAAUCAGCUAGGUCUUAAUUCCAAAUAGUUGGGGCCAGCUAUAGGAAUCCUUUGUAUCCAUUCUGCUCUAUUUGGACCAAUGUUGUAAUAUUUAGUAGAUGAAGUAAAAUGGGGAGGGGGUGAGAGAUGCAGGAGUUUUGGUUGACUAGCAUUGCUCCAUUGGAUGCAUUUGUGUUUUACUAUAUCCACAGAUGGCUUAGGCCUAAAAUACAGAAUAAAGGUUAGGCUCAUGAAGAAACCAGUGAAGAUUUUGCUACCCUCGAAGGAUUUGUCAGCCUUGCUUCUGUUGCGUAUGUAAUAACCCAGUUCUUAGUAAGUGAUUUAUCAGACAAAUAUUGUAUCCACAAAAUUCCUGACUUACAGAAGUAAUGUGGUCACACUACAUUAGUGUAACAUGGUAACUGAAUCUAGUUACGUAUACAAAGAUGAAAAUCUUCAAUUACAUACUUUAACCUUCCACUGAUUCGUUGGUUGAGAAUAUUGUAAGUUGAGGCAUGAGCAGUUGAGUUAUUUACUUUUCUUGUGGUUAUGAAUUGAGAUCUUGGGUUGUUUUGUACUUUGAGCAAUGCAUUGUGAAAACGUCUUUCGGUAUUUGCUUAACUUCUAAUAUUACGUGAACAGAACAAUUUUCCAGAAAACAAAUAUCUGGGAUUUUCACUUUCAAAAGAAAAAAUCACACUUGGAUUUUCAUAGUAUUGAAUUCAUGAAUCAUUUCCGGUGUAAGCUUUUACUGGAAAAAUCAAUGAGAUUUUUAAGAGAUGUCUUAGAGCCCGUUUGGAUGGGCUUAAAAAAAGUAACGUUUAUGUAUGAAGUGCUUUUAGAACUUUUCAGUGCUGAAAGUUAUUUUUAUAGAUAAGCAGUUGAGUGUUUGGAUAAAAGUGUUUAUGCUGAAAAUAAGAAUUUGAUGUGUUUGGCAAAUGUGAAUUUUAGGGCUAAAGAGGGUACUUUAGGAAUUAAAAUAAAAUAUAAGGGAUAUAAAAGUAAUUUCUAUGGUCAAAGAAAAUGACUUUUAAGCCCUCCAAAAAAAAGUUAGGAUUUUCAACUUUUCAUUUUUGGGUGGCUUUAAGAACUUUAUGGCUUAAAUUUAACAUUUUAAGUUGGUAGCCAAACACCACAAUAAGCUAAAAAGGGCUUAUAAGUUGGUUUGACCAACUUAUAAGUCCAUCCAAAUGGGCUCUUACUCUAUGUAUUUCCUUUCAAGAAGUUAAAGGUUAAGUUGCUUCUAAAUAUAAAAAAGUGUCAUUCUUCUGGAAACAUGCUAAAAAGACGAUGUAAAAAAGAGUGUCACAUAAAAGGGAACAAUGGGCACUAAAUAAUCUAUUCCUUUUGGGGUCGUUUGGUUUGUAAACAAGUUAUACUAGGAUUAUAAUAUGAGGAUUAAAUAAUGAUGGGAUUCUUUAGGGGUCGUUUGGUAGGGUGUGUAAGAAUAGUGUUGAAUAUGAUGUAUUAGUAAUGCUUGUAAUAGUUAUACUGAGAUUAUUUCUUAUGUUUUAUUUGGUUUGGUGUUUUAUUUGGUUUGGUGUAUUAAAAAUAACAUGCAUUGCAUAAUUUUUAAAACAAAAAUAUUUGUUUACAAAAAUACCCUAUACAAAUAUGGUUGAAGGGAUGUGGAAAAGGUUUUGAGGGAUAAUUGUGUCUUUAAUUAUGCUAUUGAAUGCAUUAAAAUCCUUUGCAUUACUAAUACCAUGGAAAUUCAUGUAUUAGUUAUACAUACCUUAAUACCAAAUAGAGUGUAUAAUUAAUGCUUGCAUUAUUUAUACAUAGGUUGAAAAAGUGUACCAAAGUUACUAGUAAUACACAAAGUUAAUGCAUGCAUUUUUUUUUGUCGUUUGGUAGAGUGCAUUGGCAAAAAUAAUGCAUGCAUUAAUUUGGUGUAUUAGUAGUACCUUGUUUGGUACACUUUUUCAUGCUAUGUAUAACUAAUGAUUGUUUAUUAAGGUGUGUAUUACUAAUAUCGUGGAUUUCUAGGUAUUAGUAAUGCAAUGAGAUUUAAUGCAUGCAUUAGCAUGAAUAAAGACCCAACUAUCCCUCAAAAUCUUUUUUUACAUCUUUUCCACCACAUUUGUUUAGGAUAUCUUUGUAAAUAAAUAUUUUUGAAAAAAAUUAUGCAAUGCAUGCUAUUUUUUAUACACCAAACCAAACAAUGCAUAAGAAAUAAUUAUGCAAGCAUAACUAAUGCAAACAUUACUAAUGUAAGCAUUAUUUAGCAUUAUUCUUAUACACUCUACCAAACAACCCCAUAGUGAAUAUACUUAUAUUGAUAGAAUCUACAAUAGGGGACAAGAUAGAGAGAAGAAGUGGCUGGUGAGAUAAAAAGAACAAAUUUGUGUGAUAUUUCAGAAUUUUCAAGUAAAAAAGGAAAUAUGUAUCCAUUUCAAUCAGUCAUAAAUGCAUCUAGAGAAAAUAAGAAAGCAAAGGAGGGGGUUGGAUACUUAGAAUCUCAACAAGUUUCCUAUAUCAGUCCGUAUUAAUAAAUGUGAGAUUACGACAUGUCAUAGGGAUAGAGAAAAUUGUUUGUUCUAAUGUCACAGCUGGUGGAGGAGCAGCCAUCUGACGGUGUUUCUGGCCAUCGAUGCGUGGUUUGUUUCACCACUCUCCCCUACAGAGGUCUCCACCACCAUCUUUUCACCACCUCCGUACUGGACAGUGGACUCCCACCCUAGUUCCUUCUGCCCCAUCUGCUUCGAUGUCUUCCUCCACAACCCUCCGUCUCCUAUGCAAAAAAUGCACCUCUAUCUCACACCUCUCUUGCGUCCCUGAUGCUACUUCCCCCUCCCCUGAUUACUUGUGCCCUCCCUGUUCUGACCCUAAUUUCACUUUCGUCUAUGUUACUCCAAUCAUGCUAAUAUACCAUUGAAAUCAACCCCAUUUGGCUAAACAGUUGGUUGCCGCUGCUACCAUUGUUUCUGAGUGUAUCCACAAUGCCGCCGUUAUGGCCAGGAAUAACAUUGAGAUUAGGGUCAAGGAAGCUCUGUUAGCUAAGGCUGAAGCU